AUGGAAACCGGAACGUUACCAGAUACCAAAGGGGACGAAACAUUUCCUUCCUGCCUGUUUCCUACGUUCAAUGCAUGGGAUAGAUUAGAUUCUGGAAAGACAGUCUAUAUCCGGAGAAUAGAACUGGACGAUACCGUCUCUCAAGAGAGAAGAGAACGAGGGGAAGAAGAUGCCGUCUCUUUCUUCACGGCUGUGUGGUCGACAUUCCUACACAAGUUUCUGAAUACAGAAGAAGUAUCCUUUUGGCUAACCAAACAUGGUCUCAUCAAUCAUGAGGAGGACCGGUGCAUCGUCAAAAUUACCAUUGGUCAUGGCCAGACUUCUUGCUGUCAUGUCGUUGUUACUACUCCUAAUAUCGUGCCGGCGGCUCAAAAGAGAUACAAACACAUGAACACUCGAGUGGCCUUCUGUCGAUCCUCGGGCCUCAUAGCAGAAACCUUUAAUGACACAGAAAAAUAUCAACUUGGCCUGGUGAUAGACAUCGAAUCUUACCAAGUGUUUCUCUGUGCACCAGCAGGUACACUGAGUAGCGACUUCUUCAGUCAACUUGCCUCGAAUAUUGAGCAUAUCAUCCAUCAGACUGCUUUGCAUCCUAAUCUACUCGCUCAGGAUUUGAAUGUUUUCAGUUUGCAGAAUCUACGCCAGAUAGCUAGCUGGAAUGCCGAACACCCUAUACUCGAGCCGUCAACUUCAAACAUUUAUGAAUUGGUCCAAACUGUCUGCCAAUCGCACGCUGAUCAACCUGCAAUAUGUUCGUGGGAUGGCCAGCUUACUUAUCGAGAUCUAGAUCUCAUGACCUAUCGGCUUGCAACUUAUUUACACUCAAUUGGUAUCAAACCCAAUGUAGUCGUCGCCUUGUGCUUUGAAAAAUCACUCGUUGCAACGGUGGUUUUACUGGCAGUCAUUCGAUCUGGCGGAGCAUUUGUGUUUAUGGAUCCUGCCCACCCUGCUCGUCACAAGAAACACAUUCUCUCUUUGGCGAAACCAAGUUUGAUUUUACACUCUCCUCUUCAGAGAAACCUAUUCAAUGGCCUCGACGAUUAUAGCAUAAGUGCUCCGCUAAGGGAGAUUACAAUGUCGACCAUCUCCAAGUUUCCCAAUACCGGUUUAGACCCUACUGUAUUCAUGCCUCCUAACAAUGGACAAGAUGUUGGCAUGUUGGCAUUUACCUCGGGCAGCUCGGGUACCCCUAAAGGAUGCGUCAUCAAUCACAGUUCCCUCGCUAGUAUGCUCCCUGUGGGAGACAAAUGGCCGUUCAAUGCUGCUUCCUGUAACAGAAUUCUUCAAUUCGCACCCUACGUCUUUGGAACUUCCCUCCUUGAGACUUUUUCCGCUCUUCUUACAGCUGGCACUGUCUGCACACCUUCAGAUGCCGAACGAAUGGGCGAUCUAGUCGGUGCAAUGAAUCGUAUGGCUGUAACCGGGGCGGUCCUUCCAGCGUCAUUAGCACAAGUCAUAGACCCGGAAGCUAUUCCCUCAGUUCAUACUUUGGCGGUUGGCGGCGAACCCCUCACAGAAAUGUUAGUCAAUAAAUGGUUGAAGAAAGUCAAACUCGUUCAAGGGUAUGGCAUGACAGAAAACUUUGGUAUUCUUACUAUCAACGACCGACUGAGUGUUGGAGGCAACCCUCGCAAUGUCGGACACUCUCCCAACGGUCGUGUAUGGCUCGUGGAUCCAAACGAUUAUAACAAGCUCGCUCCAGUCGGUGCAGUGGGUGAAAUACUUGCUGAAACGCCAGGAGUCGCUUGCGAGUAUCUUAAUGACCCGGAUAGAUCAGCGGCCACUUUUGUCAGCGAGCCAAUAUGGUUUAAGGAGUUUGUCUUGAUAGGUAAAGGAAAGUUCUUGAAGACUGGGGACCUAGCGCGUUAUCAAGAGAAUGGAUCAAUUAUCCAUAUGGGGCGCAAGGACUCUGAGGUCAAGAUAAGAGGGCAAAGAGUUGAUCUACGAGAUAUCGAGCACCGACUGCUGGAAUACCUUGGUGAUGAAGCCGAUAUUUGUGUGGAACUAAUCAAUCCAAAGAAAAGCUCUGCGAUAUUGGCAGCUUUUCUUUGGUUUAGAAAUCGGCAGCAGACGACUGACACUGUAGAUCCCGAGCUUCAGGACUUUGUCAUGGCGGAUGAUUAUCUCAGGUCAAAGCUGCAGACGGUCGACUCGUCUUUACGCAACACACUCCCAGGAUAUAUGGUGCCUUCUGUAUAUCUAUCCUUGGCUGCCCUCCCGACUACAACAACGAACAAGGUUGACAGGCGCCAACUGCGUGAACGUGCAGCCAAAUUGACGAGAAGUGAAAUGGAAAUGCUAAUGCAUGGCCAAAAACAAAGCGUUGGCAUAGUUACCAAGACGUCAAUUGAGGAAAAAUUAGUUCAGCUAAUUGCCGAGACUCUGCAACUGGAGCGAAAAGAGAUUGGAAGCAAUGUGAAUUUCAUCAGGCUGGGCGGUGAUUCAUUAGCAGCAAUGAAAUUAGCGAAUCGGUGCCAGGAAACGGGAAUUUCUUUGACAGUGCAGGAUAUAUUGCAAGAAACGAAUAUUGCUAGCUUGGUGUCCCGUGUGUCGAGCCAGCAACAGAUCGAGAACGAUGGUAUUCAGAACCUGGACAUCAAAGAGUCUCUAGUUGCGGUUGCCCAAACCGUUAUACCAAGCCCAGAUUUAGGAACGACUGGUUCCAUUGCCCCUGAAGACAUAGAAGAUAUCUAUCCGUGCUCCCCAAUGCAAUGCGGAAUGCUUCUGAGUCAGGUUGUCGACCCGAAACGGCACAAAGUCCGGUUAUCGUUCAAACUUUCAAUAGCAAGUCAAACUGGACAAAUCGAUUCUGGUAGGUUACAAGCGGCCUGGUUUCAACUUACUCAGAGGCAUCCGGCAUUAAGAACAGCUUUUGUCUUAAAUGGUGGAGUUGAUCGACAACCUGUACAGAUAGUCCUCAAAACAGGAGAAAAGGCUCGAUCACCACAGCUGACUGUAGGCUCAACUGAAGCAAAUAAGGAAGCUAUCGAUAUAAGAUCUUUUCCAAGAUCACACCUCUCGAUUGAGCAGUUAUCGACCCAAGAAGUAUUGUGUCAGCUGAACACCAAUCAUGUUGCUGCUGAUGGGAUAUCCAUAGGGAUCAUACUGCGUGACUUUUUGCUAGCGUAUGACAGACAGCUAACUCCGGGGCUUGCUUCAAACAUUGGGGAUUAUUUGAAAGUUCUGACCAAAACCUCGCACAAUCCCGCACUUGACUUCUGGAGAACGGCGCUGAAGAGUUGCGAGCCGACCAUCUUUCCAAAGAUGAACAAUAUCACACAUGACAAAGGUCCGGCACAUUAUCACAUCAUUGAUAUUGAGAUUGGAGCAUCAUCAACCUUUUCUAACUUCUCACAUAACCACGGAGUAACGCUUUCGAAUAUCAUAAAUGUUGCCUGGGCACUUGUCCUCCAGAGCUUCACCGGUCAGCAGUCAGUAUGUUUUGGCUACAUGGUGUCUGGAAGAGACCUUCCCGUCAGAGGAAUCUGGGACGCUGUCGGGCUUUUUACAAACAUGAUCGUUAGCCUCGUCGACAUAAACCCAUCAAUAUCUCUGUUGCAACUUUUGAAAGAGACCCAAGAGCGGUUUAUCCAGACACUGCCAUUCCAACAUGUUGCCGCGAUUGAUGUUUUUGAUGCUCUUGGUGUAUCUAUGCACAGUCUUUUCAACUCGAUGGUCUCAGUGACCAAUAUAGGCACAGAAGUCUUGCCCGAAGCGGCUAGUUUAAAGUUUCAAAUGGUUGAGCUCCUUGACUUUUCCGAGUAUGACAUUUCUGUUGAACUUCGGGUGGAGGAGGGUAGUCUCAUAGCUUGGAUGAAAUACUGGGACUCGGCUUUCACCCACGAUCAAGUGCAAAAUAUCGCUUCUGUAUUUAAAAAGGCCGUCAAUCUAUUGCUGACCGACCCAAGUCAAUCUACCAACUCGCUUUACCUGCUGAGCGAUCAUGAUGAGGAACAAAUCAAGCAAUGGAAUCAACGUCUUCCACAACGGAUAGAUGACUGUAUCCACCACCAGAUUCAGGACAGGUGCCGGCUGCAACCCACUGCAAAAGCUGUGGAGUCCUGGGAUCAAUCGUUGACGUAUCAGGACUUGGCACAUCUUUCAUCGUCCUUGGCCUUUCAUCUAUCCAAAACUCACGGUAUAGGGCCCGAACAAACUGUGCCCGUGUGCAUGGAUAAAUGUUCCUGGACCCCAGUGGCAAUGCUUGCCAUCCUAAAGACUGGCGCAUCCUUCCUAUUACUCGAAUAUUCUCAGCCUGCUCAGCGACUUCGUGAUAUCUGUCGAGCAGUCCGGGCAGAAUUAGUAAUUACCUGUACUCGAAAUGUGCCCCUGUCAGCCGAUCUGGGUCCAGUGGAAGUCCUAUGCAUAGACCAAGCUGAGAAAUAUAUUUCUCCAGACGAAACUUUUAGCUGGAAUUAUCCCAGUGUUUCGCCAACAAAUACAGCAUAUCUGGUUUUCACCUCGGGAUCAACAGGCACACCCAAGGGUGCCAUGGUCCACCACUCGGCCUUCCUAAGUAGCGUAACCAACUACGCACCUAGGCUAAAUCUGGAUGGAAACUCUCGAGUCCUGCAGCUAGCCUCAUACUCAUUUGAUGUCAGCAUUGGAGAUCAUCUAGCGACAUUGCUCGUUGGUGGGUGUGUCUGCAUUCCUCGAGAAUCAGAGCUCAAAAAUGACACCGGCAAAGCCAUAAAUGACUACAACGUGAAUUGGGUAAUGACCACCCCGUCCAUGUCUCGCAUCAUUUCUCCAAGCAGUGUUGCUAGUAGGCUCCGUACAUUGUGUUUGAUCGGAGAGGCAAUCACCACUACAGAUAUUACCACAUGGUCCAAGCAUGUAAGUCUUAUGAACACAUAUGGACCAGCAGAAGCGGCAGUUGUCUCCCAUGCUCGAACGUAUGUUAAAUCCGUUGAGGAGGUCAACGACAUUGGGACUGGCUUAGGUACUCUCUCAUGGAUCGUGAACCAAAACAAUCACCACAGAUUGAUGCCAGUUGGUGUCGUGGGGGAGCUAAUUCUUGACGGACCCAUCGUUGGGCUGGGAUAUCUGGAUGACCCAGAAAAGACGAACGCAUCAUUUGUUGACUGCCCAUCCUGGAUUGGCCAUUUUAGGCCAGGUAACAAUCAUUCGAAGAUGUACAAAACCGGUGAUCUCGUUUCCUAUACACACGAAGGAACGAUCGUCUUCCACGGGCGCAAGAACAGCAAGGUCAAGAUUCGUGGGCAGUGGGUUGAACUGAGUGAAAUUGAAGGUAUCGUCAGACAGUAUUUCACUGGUGUAAGUGCUAUACUAGUUGAUCAUCUGGAGCCUCAUUCCUCUUUGGUGUCGUAUGUGUUGUGGGAUGAUAGCAGUAUCGCUUCAAAGACGGAGGAUAGCGCCAGUGGCCUUUUACUUCCUCCUAGCGAGGAGUUUAAGGAAAGCUCAUACAUCGUCCGGAAAGCCAUUCUGGCGUCUGUUCCGGACCAUAUGGUACCAAUAUUCUUGCCAGUUCGUUAUAUUCCUUUGGGCCCCACUGGUAAGGCAAAUCGACGCCGUCUUCAAGAGGAGGUGAAAAAAUUAACAUGGAAUGAGAUUUUGGAGUACUCGUGGGCCGCCAGAGAAAUAUCCAUGCCGUCUACGGAAACUGAGAAAAAACUUCAUGUAAUCUUCUCGUCCGUGUUGAAAAUUCCAAGCGACAAGAUUGGGGUGGAUGACGACUUUUUCGGCAUUGGAGGAAACUCGUUGUCAGCUAUGCAGCUGGUGUCGCAGAGCAGGACGGUCGGCAUGAAAGUAGAUCUCGCCGAUGUUUUUGACUGCAGGAGCAUAGUCAAGCUAGCUUUGCACGUGGACGCUCGUGGAAGUGACUGA